AUGUGGAAAGUCCCGGCUAGACGUGACGAAGUUGUCACCGUUUGGCUGUCCACAUUCGGAGUCUUUGGGGUCGAAGUUGUCGAUCCCAACUCGGCUUCUCGAAUCGACCCUAGGCUAACUGAUGUCGAGGGGCUUGUUGUUGACGAUGCUGCUACCGCCGAGAUUGAUGGCCGACCGAUGAAAGCAUUGCCCAAGCAUACCGUGGCUGGCAGUUCAGAAGAAAUCGAGGAUUCAGACCCGUUAGAUUCGGGCGGCCACCGAAGAUCAGCCGCCAGGCUAGCUGUGGUUCGCCUAGGCGGCGGCGACUGA